UCAAAAUAAUGUCAGAAGCUACAUUGUCUACCCACUCCACUGUUGCAUCUACAUCUUUUGAUUGGGACAAGAUAGAAUGGUCUAAAUUCAGUCCUGAGGAGAGACACAGGUUACGUCACCGGAUGCUAGAGGAGAAGCACAGAGGUCAUGACCUGAUGCAUGCUGAAAUGAUAUUAAUACUGUUUGCAUCUAUUGGGAUAGCACAAGUACUACUCUUCUUAUGGAGAAUAAAACACAGGAAAUCAUACCAGGCCAUUACCUUAUUAGGCAUGUGGAUAAUUCCAUUUUAUUUGUGUGUUCAGUUGAGUUUCUGGAGGAUGAUCAUCGUAUGGUCAAUAUUCUCUAUUAUUACAUUAUUUGUAAUGUUUAAGGCUACUAGGAAGAAGCUUCACGUCAACACUCCAAGGUUAGUUUAA